AUGGCCACCAACUGCGUCCUGCGCGAACCACCAGAAAAAGGCCCGGAUUUUUCACAACCGGAGGGCUUUACCGAGCGCACCAUAGUAUCGAGAUGCAAUGACCUCCCGACUCGACUGAAACAGCACUUGACCAGCCACAUCCAGGUCAACGUUCUUGCCGAAACCGAACUCCUGAUCCUCACGUUUUGCACGGGCAUUCAAGAUGCAACCACCUUUCCCGACUAUCAUUGUUUCGCUUCAAAUCAGACAGGCAACACCGUCAUGCUUGCGAUGGCCGUUCUUCUACCAGAAAUAACACACAAGCUGUUCGUGACUGGGAAUAUUGGUGUAUCUCUUGGUUGCUUCCUUGCGGCAGGAUGGGUGACUGGACAGUUGGGUCAUAUGAUAGGGCCACGUUCACGCCACUGGAUAGUAUUCUGCAACUUCUUCCAAACCAUACUUGUACUUGCAGCAGCUGCGAUACAGUACAAAUAUGGGAUUGAGUUGGAAGGAAGAUACACCUUGGUAAUUGUGGGCUUGCUCGCGUUCGCUGCUGGAAGCCAGGUUGUCUUGUCGAGGUCGCUUGCAAUAACUGAAAUCAGCACUGCCAUGGCAACAGCAGCUUGGGUCGACCUGAUGGUGGAUAAAAACCUCUUUACCUUCAAUAACCGGGCUCGAACCCGGCGAGCAUGCUUUCUGGCUGCCCUUGUCGCAGGAGCUUUUCUUGGAGCAUAUGUGUAUCGAAGUGCUGGAUCUGCCUCGGCAAUACUGCUCUCGGGCAUUGGCAAGCUGAUUGUUACUAUCAUGUUCUUGUUCAACGGCAGGGACAGGUCCGUUGGGUCUCAGAGUCUUGCUUAG